CUGUAUUUAGAUGGACUCUAGUGUAGAAUGAGUUAGAGGUGGAUUGCUGCCCCCUAGUUCUGUGGAGCAUGAGGUCAGAUGUUACACAUUCCUCUUUUAAAGGCUGUUUUCAUGAAUGAUGAUGUCGUGAGUCAGUCUUUCGCCCCGCCCCCUCUCAGGUCUGAAGACCACGGUCGGAGCUCUCGUCCAAUCACUGAAGGGACUCCUUAGCGUCCUCGUUCUGAUGGUGCUCGUCCUUAGCGUCUUGGCUCUGACUGGUCUGCUGCUCUUCAUGGGAAAUCUGAGGAGCAAAUGUGUCAUUUGGCCUGUUUCUAAUAUCAGUUUCCACGAUAUGACUACAGACCCUGUGAACUACUACUUCCUGCCAGGUCAGCUCGACGCUCUGGUGUGUGGAAACAGCUCUGAUUCUGGGCGCUGUCCGGAGGGCUACACUUGUCUGAAGGUGGGAAACAACCCAAACUACGGCUACACCAGCUUUGACUCAUUUGGGUGGUCUCUGAUGUCUGUGGUCAGACUGCUGAGCAAAGACUUCCUGGAGAGCCUGGUGCAGUUGACGUUACAAGCAGUAGGUAAAGCCCACCUGACCUUCUUCGUGCUCGUCUUCUUCCCCGGCUGCUUCUUCGUCCUCAGCCUCGCUGUGGCGGUCGUUGCCAUGGCGUCCAGUGAGCGGGAGGAAGCCGGCGUCACCGAGCUCAAACGGAGAGAAGAAGAGUUCGGUCACAUCCUGGAAGCGAUAAAGAGGAGAGAAGAAGAAGAGCAGGAGGCCUGCAGGCCGGCGCUCUCAACGGAGUCUGAUGGUGGAAACACAGAGAGCAUGGAAGAGGACCAGAGGUCGUGUUCUUUGUGCUGGUUUGUCUUCGCCAACUUCCUGCUGAAAUGGAACUGUUGUGGCUGUUGGCGGUGGCUCAAACAGCGGCUCUACAUCUUCAUCACAAGCCCGUUCUUCGACCUCGGGGUCGUCAUCUGCCUCAUCGUCAACAUCGUCUUCAUGUGUUUGGAGUGUUAUCCAAUGACGGAGCGCUUCAACAGGACGCUGAAUGAAGCACAGCUGGUCUUCACAAUGAUCUUCAUAGCUGAGAUGUUCCUCAAAGUCGUGGCCAUGGACCCGUACGGAUACUUCCAGGUGAGCUGGAACGUCUUUGACAGCAUCAUCGUCUUCGUCAGCCUGCUGGAGCUGUCUAUCUAUGACGGUCUUCGCUGGUUAUUAGUGAUGAGAGUGUUCAGGCUGGCCAGGUGGUGGCCGUCCUUCCACAUGUUGAUAAAGAUCAUCGGGACCUCGGUGAGGGCUCUGAGGAACCCGACCCUCCUUCUGCUCAUCAUGGGCUUCAUCUUCAGCGUGGUCGGCAUGCAGCUGUUCCAGCAGGACUACAAAGACCACGUCUGUCGCAUCUCAGCGGACUGCCUUCUUCCUCGUUGGCAGUUUACGGACUUCUUCCACUCGUUCCUCGUCGUCACCAGGGUCCUGUUUGGAGAGUGGAUUGAGAUCACCUGGGACUGCAUGGAGGUCUCGGAUAAGACCACGUGUCUGAUCUUCUUCUCGAUGUUCCUCGUCAUCGGAAACCUGCUGGUCCUGAAUCUGUUCCUGACCUUGCUGCUGAGCUCGUUCAGCACUGUUUGUCUGCUGGAUCCAGAAGAAGAAGAACAAAGCACCCUGCAGAUCACUAUCAGGUGGAUCAAGAGGGCUUUGGGGACUUUACUGGGAAAGAACACACAUGUGAACCCAGACCACCCAGAGGUAGACAAUAAGGAAGUCAUCAGGAACAAGUAUCUGGACUUUACCUCUGUGGCCUCAAACCCGCCGGUGUCAGAGGUCAAGGACCUCAAUGGUGACCAUGGAUCCCAGAGGGUCCCCACCGCCGAGGCUGAGAAAACUUCUGAAGAGGAAGAAGAAAAAGAGAAAAAAGUAAACUGUUUUCAGCGAUAUUUAACUUCAUAAUAUAGACAGUUCACAAUCAGUGACUAACACAUUAAUCAAGAGAAAAGAAGCGGAUGAAAUAAACAAGAAGACAAUAAUACAAUAAACAACAACAGCAGAUAAUUAAUAGGAAGUUUAUGUCACCAAGUUGUACAGAGACAUCAGCAUUUUAAGCAUUAUUACUUAUGUAUUAUUCUAAUUUUACAUCAAUCAAGUUUCACCUUUUUCAAUAAAGGGCUCAGUGUUUUCUGUUUCUUGAGUUAACAUCACCAUAAAUUUAACUUUCUGAAAUUGAGAGCUAAUUAAGUGAAUCUUAUUUUCCUGGUAACAUGAGCACUUUAUAUUCUCUGGUCAGCUGACUGAACAAUAUCAGUCAUAAAGCUUCCUUCAAAUGAAAAGAGAAAAGCCAGAAAUCCAAUGUUGGGUUAGGGUUAGUCCCAGUAGUGAUGCUAACCCUGGACUCCUCCAGGACUCUGUGGUAGCAGGUCUUAGUCCUAUUACUGAUGCUGACACAGCAGGUCUUAGUCCCAUUAGUGAUGCUGACCCAGCAG